AUGUCCCAAGCGUUGGCAGUGCACGACUUGACGUCUGAAUGGUCUUUCAAGCAAACUGACGACACUGCCGACGAUGCCUGGCUUCCUGUUGCCCACGUCCCCACCAACGUCCACCUCGACCUCAUUGCCCAUGGAAAGAUCCCAGACCCCUUCCUAGGGUUCAAUGAGCUCAAGGCGGAGUGGGUAGCGGACAAGUCGUGGACCUACAGGACGAAGCUCCCUGAGAGCCCCAUCCCUCAGGAAGGCACCGUCACCUUUCUGGCCUUCGACGGCCUUGACACCUUUGCAACGGUCAAGCUCAAUGGCGAGACCAUCCUCACCAGCGACAACAUGUUCAUACCCCACCGGAUAGAUGUGACAAAUAAGCUGAAGCCUGGACCGGACAACGUCCUCGAGAUCGACUUUGCUUCGGCGAGGUUGCGGGCAAUUGAGCUUAAGGAAGCACAUGCGGAGCAUACAUGGGUGGGGUUCAAUGGUGACAUGGCUCGACUGGCGGUCAGAAAGGCUCAAUAUCAUUGGGGCUGGGACUGGGGCCCAGUGCUGAAUACCUGCGGACCGUGGCGAUCAGUGCGCCUCGAGACGUACCAAUCUAGGAUCUCGGACCUCCGCAUCGACUACGAGUUGGAUGCGAGUCUGAAGGCUGCAAGCGGCAUCAUUACGACGAAGGUGGAGGGGCAGUCUGGCAAGACCGUGGCUUUCGUAGCUCACAUUGAAGACACCGUAGUUUUCAAAGGUUUUGCGGACGUCGAUAGUGAUGGCGUAGCCAAGGUAGAGUUCCGCGUCAAUGAUCCCCAGCUGUGGUACCCCCAUGGGUACGGAGCCCAGCCUUUAUACACUGUGACUGCCACAGUCUCUACCGGCGAGGUUGACCUGCACUCUGCAUCCCGCAGGACUGGUUUCCGCAAGGGAGAACUUAUUCAGCAGCCUGAUUACAUUGGCAAAACAUUCUUCUUCCGCAUCAAUGGCGUGGAUGUGUUCUGUGGUGGGUCUGAUUGGAUUCCCGCGGACAGCUUCACACCAAGGGUGACGGCUGAGAAGUAUCGUAAGUGGCUUGAGAUGAUGGUCGACGGGUAUCAAGUCAUGAUCAGAAUCUGGGGCGGCGGGAUAUGGGAGGAAGACGUUUUCUACGACCUCUGCGAUGAGCUCGGAGUCCUUGUCUGGCAAGAUUUCAUGUUUGGCUGUGGCAACUAUCCGGCGUGGCCUAAACUCCUCGAAUCCAUCCGCCUCGAGUGCGUAGCAAAUGUCUCAAGGCUGCGCCACCACCCCGCCAUCGUCAUAUAUGCUGGCAACAACGAGGAUUACCAAGUGCAGGAGCAGUUCAAUCUGACUUAUAAAUACGAGGACAAGGACCCGGAGAACUGGUUGAAGACUGACUUCCCUGCAAGAUAUAUUUACGAGAAGAUCCUACCCGAAGUGGUCGCCCAGGAGAGCCCGCAUGUUGCAUACCAUCCUGGUAGUCCUUGGGGAGAUGGAUUAAUCACGUCGAACACAACCGUUGGCGAUAUGCACCAGUGGAAUGUAUGGCACGGCACGCAAGAGAAGUACCAAAUCUUCGAUACCCUAGGAGGUCGUUUCAAUAGCGAGUUCGGCAUGGAGGCCUUCCCACAUAUCGAGACGAUCAAGUACUAUUGCACGGAUCCGACGCAGCUUUACCCGCAAUCCCACAUGUUAGACUUCCAUAACAAAGCAGAUGGUCACGAGCGCAGGAUCGCAACAUAUUUGGUGGAGAAUUUUAGGACCCAGACUGAUCUAGAGGGCUUUAUCCACCUGACGCAGCUAUCCCAAGCGGAGGCAUUGAUGUUUGGAUACCGAGGAUGGCGACGACAGUGGGGCCAGAAGCGAUUGUGCGGUGGCGCGCUGGUGUGGCAGCUGAACGACUGCUGGCCCGUCACAUCGUGGUCGAUUGUGGAUUACUUUCUGCGCAAGAAGCCAGCAUAUUAUGCGAUGCGGCGAGUGCUAGCUCCCGUGGCGGUCGCAGUGAAGAGAGCUCAUCACGACUGGAGCGUGGUUCAUGCUCGCGUACCCAAAACGAGCGAUUAUGAAUUGUGGGUUGCCAGCAGCCAGCCACGCGAACUAACGGCGACGGCGGAAUUGCGUUUCAUCUCGGUUGCGACAGGCAAGGAAAUUAAGGAAUCCAUCACCAAGAAAGAUAUCACCAUUGUGGCAAACGGGACUACGGAUGUACUCUCGGGGACCAUCGACAACAUCCACGAGGAGCCUCACGUCCUAGCGGCUAGGAUAUGGAUCGACGGCCAUGUGGUCUCCCGCGACGUCGAUUGGCCGCAGCCGCUCAAGUACCUCAGCUUCGAGGACCGCGGGGUGGAGGUGUACCACCGCGGAGACAGCAUCUCGAUCAAGGCAGCACGGCCCACCAAGGGCUUAGUGUUCGAGGAACGAACAGGCGUGCUGGUGGCGGACAGUGCUAUCGACGUCGUCCCAGGCGACGAACAGGUUGUCAAGGUGAGGGGCUUGGGACCGAGCGACCAACCGCUGCGCUGGACAUAUCUGGGGCGCACUUGA